CAUUGUUCUACAAGCUAAAUUCUUCCUCCAAAGGAAAGGAGAAUUUUACAAGGUCACAGACGUGGAUCCAAAGCCGGAGCCUGAGCAGAGCUGGCCACGUUGGAAGGUCUUGACCUAAAGUGUGACCCCAACCUUCUCCUUUGGCAUCCUCACCUACUGCUCCUGGCCUCAGGGCAACAACUGGAACCAGAGCUGCGCGACCUUCAGUUCCCUGGAGGUUAUUCCUGACUUUGCCUGGAAGGUCUCAGCUGUGAUGCUCCUCGGAGGCUGGCUCCUGCUGGCCUUCAAUGCAAUUUUCCUCCUGUCCUGGGCUGUGGCCCCCAAAGGGCUGUGCCCAAGAAGAAACAGUGUUCCAAUGCCGGGGGUGCAGGCAGUGGCAGCUACCGCCAUGAUUAUGGGUCUGCUGGUUUUUCCAAUCGGCCUUGCCUCCCCAUUCGUCAAGGAAGUCUGCGAAGCCUCCUCCAUGUAUCACGGUGGGAAGUGCCGUCUGGGUUGGGGUUACACGACCGCUAUCCUCAAUGCAGUCCUGGCCAGCCUCCUGCCCAUCAUCAGCUGGCCCCACAGGACCAAGGUCCAAGGGAGGACCAUCAUCUUCUCCAGGGCCACCGAGAGAAUCAUCCUUGUGCCAGAAAUGAACAAAUAAAAAUCUCCUGGGAGAGGCACAGAGAACACACUCCAGAGGUUUAUGAAAUCCUCAUGUAGCCAAUUUCAAAUCCCACCUCUGCUCCUUCUUGCUGUGUGACUUCAGGCAAGCCACUUUACCUCUCUGGCAUGGGUUUUUCUUCUGGAAAAUGAAAGUUGAAAUCAUACCUACCUCAUAAGGUUGUUCUGAGAAUUCACUGGAGAUACUCUAUGUAAAUAAAGCA